GAAUGGAGUUAGUGGAUAUUCGGUGGCAAAAUGACCCGCGUGCUUUUAUUUUGCCUCUUAUACACUUUUUUUGCCUAUGCCGUAUGCCCCUUGUCAAUGUUAUCGGGAGUAUUUAAAUUUUUCUACCGAUUGUUUUGGCGCUAGUUGUUGUUAGCCAUUUGCUAGUUUGGUCUGCUUUCACAUGCCCAUGCGUCUCCAUCACUUUUUCUGUGUGUCUGUAACUUCUCUCAAUGGCACUAAGGAAAGAAGUAUUUCAAGCUAAAGUUCUCCAGAAGCUCUAUCCCGCUGCACCUGCUCAACAGAGGGACUCCAGCAGUGCACCACUCCAUACAAAUGUUUUGUCCAAGAAACCUACAGUCAAAAAAAUCCCUCCAGGAAAUUCUAGUGCAGGAAGCACUAGCACUCCUGCCAAGCGCUUAUAUACAGUCCUACCUCCUCCAGCAGACUACAAGACAGAUGCAGAGAAAUCUGUCACACACUCUGCGCCUGAAACCCUAAAGAAUACUGAAGACCCAGCUGAAAAGAGUGAAGAUGAAAGCAGCAAUGAGACAGACCAGGGAAAGGAUCCUGAGGAGAAAAAGAGGAGAAGAAGGCGAAAGAAGCGGAAAGAUCAUAUGCCUCCCCUGAACCAAACAGCUGUGAACGAGGGAGAGGAGCGAAUGAAUAAAAAUAAAAAGAGGAAGCUGAAGAAGAAAAGACACAAGGAAAAGCUGCUCUCCAUGGGUCUGGUGCCACGAGCUGCUGCCGUGGAGUUCACAUACCAGAGAGAGGGACAGAGGCCGGAGGAGGGUGAGGAGGACAGGGAGGAGGGGAGCAGCCAAGUGAACCAACCUGGACAGGACUGCAGAGGAACUCCAUAAGAGAAGUGCAGCUUUUUAUGGCUCAGCGAUCUCUUCUCUGGAAAGUAGACCUCUGUCCUGAAACCACCCCAUGUACUUAGAACAGGAAUUUAUUUCAAAGACCCAAGUGGACUGGCACAAGCACCUGAGGACUUUUUGACCAGCCUCACCCUGCCUGCUGAUUAAACUGGCCUCUUCUCAUUAACCCACACUGGAUGAUGGCAUAUCAUUAUCUAUCUUCUACUAACUAAAAAGAUGUAUGUUCAAGAGACUCUGAAUCAAGAAAACUCUGAAUCAAAAGAACUGUGUGAAAAACAUGAAUUAAAAAGUGUCCUAUUUUCACUUUUUACAUAAA